CCGAAAUCCAAGCUGCAGGGAGAUUUCUCCGUCUGUGGGAUCCCGAUGUGUGGGCUCAAAGACAUCCGAAGCAGAAAAAGCAGGGGUUGGCCGGUCUGCGAAGGUUUCCUCAACGGCGAUCUGGCGCUUUGCUAGGAACGAUACGCACGGGCUAGGAAAGGGUCAGAGUAAAAGUCAGGUCAAGAUCCGAUGUGAUUUGCUAUCUAUGCACCGUCUGGAACCAGGCCACUCGCCCUCAAAGUACCUAGUACUGUGGCCUGCGGCUACGGACUGACAGCAAUGUGAGUGACUGCCGGGCCUGUAUGUGAAUGGUCCAUCCUACCGACUGCAUUCAAACCAUGUCACCUUUGCCUUCCUGUGCCUGACCUGUCCGGGAUCAAUACCUGGAAGCUCAAGGCUUGCAGCCUGGCAUGCCCCAUUUGUCAAAGAAACAGACUCAAUUUGGGACCUUGGGUGGCGUUGGUGGUCGUGGUAUGGGUCGUGGCAUAGGCAUUGUUGCUGUCUCCCCAGCCAUGUCCUUGCAAUUGUUGAUCGAGUGGUCUAUCUUGGUUUUCUGUGGUCAGCGGCAAGUCUUGAUAAGUGGGGCCGCCCUGACCUCUUCGAAAGUACCGCUGCUGGCAGUGGGAAUCAAGGAGAUGACCGUUGAAAGAUGUGCUUUGCUUCAAGUUCUUUGUUUGUCUUGUCAGCAAUUUCGUAUCAGCAUGGGUUUGUUGACGGGAUACUGGAUGAAAUUCGGUGCGGAUAUGUCGCGGUUGCAGCAAGCUGUUCAGCGAGCUAUUUAUACCCAUCCCCAGGGUGACACGAGCGACCCUGAUCACGCGCUUAAUGACCUAUCUGUGGAAUCUCAUUCAAGCUGGCGAAUUCUCCGAGGAGUGAGCCUGCACAUGACGCAGUACAGGCGUCAAGACCUCAUCACCGCCGCCGGUGACAGAGUUGGCCUGUGCUAUCAUGCUGCUUCACUAUGCCAUCUGUGCCAACAACGGAUCACUGAGAACAAGGCACACUCCCACCUCUGCUCUUCCUCUACGACACAAUUUCCGGCGAAGACGUGCAACUUCCUUUGGAUCACAACUUGAAUGGCAGGUUCACGUAGCCCGGUAGCGGGCAAGAGCAUCCCACAUGCACCUCGUCUGUGGAAUUCUCUUGGGACUGGAACUCAAAGCUCUACGAAUAAGUCUACCGUUGUUGUCACUCCUUUGCUGUCCGCUGUUGUCACCUUUUGGCUCACUUUUGGGUUGUUUGGCUAGCUCUCUUAAUUCCACGAGAGACAUAUCGCUGCAUACGCUAACUUGGCCGUCGUGGGCGCACACAAGUAAUCUUUGUACGAAGCACGUUUCCCCCCUGAGAUGCCUGGAUGUCAUUCAUCGGUUCCCUAAAAAAGGUGGCUAGUUCUGCAAGUUUGCGCAUGAUGGCAUUCCACCUGGACCCCCGAAGAGACCUGCCUGCUCCCAACAUCCAGCCAAGCUCAUACUACACGUCCUGGCGUACUACUGCACACGGCAAUCCGUCCAAGAAACCGAAGGUGAAACAAUGUCAUGAUUGGAUCUUCUCAAGUUCCUCCAAUGUCCAUGUGGCACUCGACCGAAGCGCCUUCAAGACCUACAUACCAUUCAAGUCAUACGUCGUGACGGUGGCAGGUCAACGUCAGAUCACAGUCCGUGGUAUUGGAACAGUCGAAAUCAAGAUACGUCGGGAGCCAGGAAGCAAGGAGAGUCACACCGUCUGCUUGGAGAAUGUCCUCCAUGUCCCUGAGUGGAUUUGCAAUAUCGUGUCGGACGUGUGCUUCGUUCCCGUGUCGCAAUACGAGCACAACUGGACGGAGUUCGGUGUUAACUUUUUUGUGCGAGAGAAGAAUGCUUUGAAGCCUUGGGGUUAUACGGAGAACUUCUGCGGUCUGGAUCGCUUCGUCUUGUCGCGUAAUCACCACGGCCGCAGUCCAAUGUUGGAGGAUCCUGACCGCGAGGUGUUCUCCGUCAGUUUGACAUGGCCUCAAAGUCAAAGAGACAAAUGGAACGAGGCCAUAGCGCAGGGCAUGCGGCAAGACGCCGAACGCAUUGAAAACGUUAUCAAGAAGAAGAGGACCGAUGAUGAGGCGAAAGGGCUGAAGAGGGAAGUCAAGAGUAACCUUGUCGAAGCAAGCAAAUGGAAGCUUAUGCCGGAUGUGGCGACGACGAUGAAAAAGCAAUGGAAAAGCGGGCUCGAGGAGAUGGAUGGAGGACCGGAGCUACUGGCCAGAGGAUCAAGUUUGGGUUUUCGGGGCAAUGGAGCCUGAUCGGCUCAGACGGCUGCCGCACAUCAAGAUAUUGAUGCAUGAAGUAUAGCAAGUUAUUGAGAGAUGGCAAAAGAGGAGAGAAUCAGUCGGCUGAACAUGGUCAAAGGUGGGCAGUGCUUGGUCAACUACAAAUGUAUUUCUCCUUCGUUGGCGGCAGCACGUUAUGCUAUAGCGGGUAUCACGAGAAUAGCAACUUGGUAAAUGGGUGCUCUACUUGUCGAGAAAGUCUGUUGCCACGCUCAGUGAAUCAAUCUGACUUCCUUGCCCGGCUCCCAG